UACAAGGAUGGUUUAAAGGGUUACACCAUGUAAACAAACGCACAGAAGGAACUUCAUGAACUAACCUGAUGCCAUGAUUUUUCCUUUUUGAAAUUCUGCAUGUAUUUAAACAUUAAUGAAUAAAAAACGUUUUUUGGAAUUUUGAUGUGAAUAAGGUUUUUGUUUUGAGAUUUUCUUUUUGGCAUUAUAAUAAUGGAGUCUUCAUCUCUGAACGUUAGUGAUGAACCUUCAAUUUCUUCGAAUGUAUCGCCUAAACUUCGGACUACUUCACUUUCCUCAAUGGAACAACGAAAGGAGGGAAGCAGUGUCGAUGCUAGUAAAACACCUACUGAUACUUAUAACUCUAGCGUACGUUCCGAUGAAAGGAGUAAUGAAUCUGAAAAAGGAUCGAUGAAGAUAAAAAAAUUAUCUUCAACUUCUUAUGUCAAUUUAUCCAGCAGCGAUCGAUCUGAGACUCUACUACCGCCUACUCCCACCAUAACCUCUGUUUACUCUUCCCCAGUUGAACAAUAUAGCUACGAUUCUAGACAUUCAUUUCGUUUAGAGAAUUCAUCUGAUGACCGCCAAAAUACCAAUAGAAAUUCUACCUUGGUGGUACCUCAAACAGAAGAAAAUCUGCCAUCUAUGUUAGGCCAACCGCAAGGAAAUGACUCAACUCUAGGUCUUUACGGAAGCAGUACAUUUGAUCGUCAACUUUCUAUUCAGGUGAAUCAGCCUGUUGGUGCAAUGUCUUUAUCUCCAUGCGGUAGAGACGUGGCGUUGGCUUCACGCAAUGGCCUUUUAGUAAUUGAUUUGGAUAAUCCUUAUAAUCCACCUCGGAUGUUGCGACAUUCAACUCCUUGGGAAGUUGCUGAUGCUCAAUGGAGUGUUCAUGCUGCUAGGGAUCAAUGGGUUGUCACGACGUCAAAUCAAAAAACAAUCGUGUGGAACCUUGCACUUCCUAAUGAAAAUGCUAUAGAGUUUAUGCUACAUGGACAUACACGUGCUGUUACUGAUAUGAACUGGCACAGACAGUACCCAGAUAUUUUGGCUACGAGUUCCAUUGACUCUUCCGUUCAUUGCUGGGAUCUACGAACUCCCAGGUUCCCUGUCAAUUCUUAUUAUGAUUGGCAUAAUGGUGCAACACAAGUUAAAUGGAAUUACCGUAAUCCUCAUGUGUUAGCGUCUAGUCACGGUCGUUUUGUGCAUAUUUGGGAUGACCGAUAUGGCUCUGGGCCCUUACAUACAAUUCAGACUUCGGCAAGCAUCACAAAAAUUAACGGUUUAGAGUUUAAUAAAGUCAGUGAAACUCGUCUACUAACUUGUGCUAUGGAUCGCACUGUUAAAUUUUGGGAUUAUUCAGAAUCUACCAUUGAACCGGAGCACUUGAUUACAACCGACGCUCCAGUCUGGAAAGCAAGAUUUACGCCUUUUGGUGAAGGUGUUAUGCUAAUGCCACAAAGGGGUGAUAACUCUGUUCAUCUGUAUGAUGUUCGUAAUCUCAAUGAGGGUGGUCCUCGACCCGUUCAUACCUUUUCUGGUCAUACCGACUUGGUAAAGGAAUUCUUAUGGAGAUGUCGUGGUGAAGACGUUUUUGAUAAAGACAACCGAGACUUUCAAUUGAUCACAUGGUCUAAAGAUCGAUAUGUACGUUUAUGGCCGAUUUCUAAGGACGUAUUACAAUCAACUGGGCAUGAUUCUUCCAAACCAAUUCCUUUUUCUCUCCCUAGAUAUGGGGCAAAGUAUCGAACCUAUGCUCGUGAGCCAUUCAAAGAGUGCAUAAAACUUAACGAAAAGGAAUCCAAUAAUUUGGAAGUUCUUAAUAAGGAAAAACCGACGGAUUUGAACGCAGAAACUAGUAAUAGUUUUCUAGGUGAAUCAUCUAUAGGUUUUGCCCCUAAUAUUAGCCGAAGACGUCAAAAAAAUACUAAUGGCUCAUCGAAUGCUGGAUUCAUGACUCGUUCUACAAAGCUGCAGGAUAAUCUAACGCCUUUAAACUGGCUUCGCGGAAUUUCAAUGGGUCGUCAAGCGAAUGCUGAUUGGGAAGUUCCUCAGAAUCUUGGUGAGGAGCUGUCUUGGAUCGGUCAAAAAUAUGGAAACGUAAAUUUUGAGGAAAUCGAUGUAGCUCAAAGAAAAUGCAGGAUAUCUUUAAAUGCUCCGCUAUUACCAGAAGGAGCUUUCACUUUUAUUCGUUUACGAAUACAAUUUCCUUUGGGUUAUCCAGUUUCAGCGAGUCCUAUAUUCCAUUUGGAAAAAUCCAGCGCAUUUAGUGAUGAUCAGUUUAAUCGCAUUUUAUCAACGCUGAAUAUAAUUUCAAGUCAUUGUAUCACUUCUAAAAAGCCAUGCAUGGACGGCUGCUUAUCUUUUCUUUCAGGGGAGUCGACGAGUGAGGACGUUUGGAAAUUUAAAGAAACAGAUGAAGAUUCAGAUACUUCGUCUGAAUCUUCUGAUGCAUUUGUAGAAAACUUUCCUAGUAUUUCGGAUUUCCGGGGUGGUGAUCGUGGUCUCUCUCAUAUAAAGCAAAAUAUUCCUUUACCUAAGACUUGUGCGGCGAUUUUCUGUAAUGAUACUCUGGUAUGUUUCUUUACUACACAGCGGGAGAAGACUUCUGGUCAUACUUCAAUAAAUCGUGAAAAUCACGGCCGGCAGAAGUUGUUUGAGUCAUUCGGUGUUUUAGACGCGAAUAAUAUCACAGAAUCAGACUCGGUUAAUUUCGAUGAGGAUCCGUCAUUAGCUCAAGUUGGUUCUUCUGAUUCGGACGAGGAUUUUAUAUGGAACGUAGAUGAAGCAAAUACUAGCAGUCUCGUUUUCCCGAAGUAUCGAAAUAGCCUAGAAUUAAACAACAUAAACUCGAAUAAUUCUUUUUUCGGAUCUCAUCUGGCUCCCCGAGAUAUGUUUACGACAAAUCGUUUCUCAUCCAGAGGAUCCACAAAACGUUCUAUAGGUACAAACAAGACGUCUGUUGAAACGAGACAUCUCGUGAAGUUUUUUGACAUGAGUGAGACAGUUCCUACGAAGAAACACCUUGCUGCAGAGUACGUUAUAUUCGGUAAUAAAGUCGAUAUUUGUAAACGAAAUGCUGAGGUUGCCAAAGCUUUCGGGUAUCAUCAUUUAAUGGAUUCAUGGCUUUUCAUUGGAAGAAUGCUGAAGCUGCUGGAUUUAAAAAACAACAAAAAGGAGAUAGGAGCAAGAAGUUACUGGUUUGAGAAUGGACUGUUCUUGAAAACAGUUCAGUCAUUUUUGAAUUACUAUAUCACUCAGGAAAACUUUCAGAUGCUAGCGAUGCUCUCAUGCGUAUUGGAUGAGCCAGAGCUAUAUUCGGAGAAUAAGCGGUUGGUAAACAGAAAUAAAAGGCCUAUUUCUGCGAAGCCAGAUUCCGCGUUAUUAAACAAAAGUUCGGGAAAGCUUACAAUGAAGUCAGAAAAAGUUGAAAAAAUGUCAAGUCAGUCAUUGGCACGCAUACUUGCCAUACCUGAGAAAAAGUAUGGCGAUGGUAAUUCUGUAUAUUCUAUAGGAAGGGAGAGUACCAUCCCAAAGAAAAAAACGUGGGUUGUUCAAGUUCGACCUGAGGCAGAUGGUAGGAACGAAAAAGUCAAUACUAAAGAAGAAGAAGUGUUUUGGCGUUUGCAUGUUUGCUUUGCCUUUUGGAGAUCAUCUUAUGCAGGACUGUUAGAUCAAUGGGGUUUUAAUAUUCAAAAACUGGAAUUAUUGAAGUUGAAUGCUAUAUGUGAGAAGGAUGGAGGAAGUUUUGGUGAUCAUGGAAAGCCUGAUAUGGUAACUGCUAGACAACAGCAAGCAGCGGUUGCUCUAAUCAGAAUGAGAAGAAAGGAAAGAAAAGAUAAACUUGACGAACGUUGUUCUUUUUGUAAUCUAUCAAUUCGGGGAUUAUCGAAAGUCUGUAGUUUGUGUUUACAUGCGAUUCAUGAAGAAUGUUUUUACGAAUGGUUUUCUACACAAGAUAUGCUCACUCAGUACUGUCCAUCAAGUUGUGGAUGUCACUGUCAAUACUUAAAACCAGAAUGAUGUGGUGAUAAUGAUAAUAGCUCCUUAUUUGCUUAAUUUAUGUUGGUAUAUGCCCGUAUAAUGUGUUUUACUUGCAAGAUUUAAUAAAAAAUAAUAAUUGUAUAUUGGUUAUGGAUGAUAAUAUACUACUAAUAUUCUCGUACUCAC